AUGGACCAGUACUCCGAGUCCCUCGAGCCUGGUGCCAACCCUCCUGUAGAUCAGUUUCCAUUCCUCAAACUCCUCUCUGAUCGCUUCGCACCCUGGGUGAAACGCGCUCGGUCGUCCUACAAAGCUAUUGACAGCACCUGGGCAGAGGCUCGCAGAAGAGUAGAAUCUAGGAGACAACAGGGGGAUAAGCGCGUUAGCAUUGUGGACAGGAUAUUAGAUGGCGAGAAGGCGAUGGAUUUCCCUCUCACUGACCACCAACUUAAUCAUUUCCUGGGAGUCCUGGUUGAGGGAGGGGCUGACACGACAGCGAGCAGUAUGCUGACUAGCAUCCUUAUGCUGGCCCAAAAUCAGCAUGUGCAGAAGAAAGCACAGGAGGAGUUGGACCGUGUGAUCGGGACGGAAAGGUAG